UCGAACUUAGAUCACGAAAUCGGGAGCUUCGAUCUGCUUGGUUUAUUAACGUCCGUGGAGCCUAGAGUUUCCGAUUUUUUUACAGCUAAAAUCUUAGAAAACGCCAUUGUUUUUUUUUUCAACUGUGAUAUAUAGUUUUUGUGAAUUUGCCUCUUCUUCACUUCGGGACAUAGAACCCGCAGGUUCCGCAAAAUCCACAGUAGCAUGUCAUGUACAGCUCAUGCAAUCGAUCGCUGUGCAAGUUACGUGAAUGAAGCCGUAUCUCGGUAACAUGGGCGCAUUCCUUGUCUUGGUCAUCGUUGGCUCGGCGCUGUCCGUGGACUACGUACAUGCGGACGAUGCAGAUGAUGAUGUGAAUGAGACGGUGGUAGCCGAUGUAGAGCGUCGAACUACAGCUCACCCUGACAUUCGACUCGACGGGAAAUUGGUGCCUCUCCAGUACGAUCUGGAGAUUUCCACCGGCAUCGACCAAGAUAAUUUCGACUUCUGGGGUCGUGUCAGAAUUCAGAUGAUGUGCAUAGCAGACACGAAGCGGAUCAGACUCCAUUCCAAAGAUCUGAGCAUCGACACAGAGAACGUGGCAUUGUGGGAGCUUGCUCCAGGUGUGGAGCCUCCCAUCACCAUAAUGAACCAUACUCUCUGGGAUUACGCCGACUUUUACACAGCGACAACCGCGAGGACUUUGGAACGCGGGAAAACUUACGUUUACUCCAUACCCUUCAGCGGGAAGCUAGCUGACCCUCAGCUCGAUCCAUCGCAUUUUCCCAAAGGAUUUUUCCGGACGUCUUACUUCGAUAAGGAAACCCAGAAACGGAAGUUCAUGGCUGCAACCCAUUUCGAGGCGAUUUACGCGCGGCGAGCUUUCCCUUGUUUCGACGAGCCGGGGAUGAAAGCUUAUUUCUCCAUCACCGUCGGUCACCCGCAGGGACUCACCGCGCUGAGCAACAUGCCGAUACGCCAAACGAGACCCAUGGAGAAUAUGCCAGGCUGGGUGUUGGACGAGUUCGAACAAACCCCGCGCAUGUCAACGUACCUGGUCGCUUUCACGGUUUCAGACUUCGUCCGCUCGACAAUUUUGUCUAUCGAUGCGUCUGACCAAUCAGGAGUCGUGGAGGAAGGUGACGUUUCCGACGAGAAAUACGGUUCGAGCAGAGUACUUAUUUCCGUGUGGGCACCGAGGCUUUUCCAGGACACCGCGAGGCCGUUCGGCAACAUGACGCGAGCUGCACGCUGGAUCCUUUCCCGGGCGGUUCCCCUCCUCGAGGGAAAAUUCCGAAGCCCGUUGCAAGUGCCGUGGGUAAAUAUGAUCGCCGUCCCGCGGUUCCCGUAUCAAGGCAUGGAAAACUGGGGUCUUAUCAUGUACAUGGAUGUUGCUCUCCUUUGUAAGGAUGACAUUUGUUCGAAUGAGGAGAUAAUCUAUGAAACUGUUCUGCAUGAAUUGAUCCAUCAGUGGAUCGGGAACCUCGUUACAGUGGAAUGGUGGAAUGAGCUAUGGCUCCAAGAAGGCGUCACGUAUUUCUUAGUGCUCAUAAUUAAUGAAAUCAUAAUGAAACAAGAAUUCCCGGGAUAUAAUAAUAACAAUAAAUAUGGCCAGAUAAUUGAACACGCGUUCAAAAACCGGAAGCCCGUUAGACCUAGGACGCUGAUCAACUCAAACCAAAUAGAAGCCUUGAGUAUGACGAGUGGAGACCUCGUUUACCUCAAAGGUGCAAUGAUGACCCGUAUGAUGUAUCAUUUUCUGGGCGAGAAGGUGUUCUUUGCCGCCCUGGCGCAAUAUCUCAGAGUUUAUAAAUUUCAAAGCGUGACGCAGGAUCAGUUUCACUCUCUUAUGACGGCGCAUGGAUACAAAGAAAACGUUAUUCGACCGGACAUAACAGUCAACCGGGUGAUGGAUAAAUGGUUAAGUUUGCCUGGAUAUCCGGUUCUCAAUGUGAGAUUUAAUGCGGAUAAACAAGUAUACACCGUACACCAGGGCGAAUAUGGUUGCCGCGAGUGCCAAGCGGAAUUGCUGCCGGCGAGGCCAAGUCUAAAGGCUAAAACCCUUUGGCCAAUUCCAAUCUCCUACGCAUCUGCGUCCAAACCCCAUUUCAACGAGACAAAACCACGAAUGUGGCUCCUCGGCAAAGGACCAAUCACGGUACCAAACCUGAAAUACGAGGGAAAACACGAAUGGUUCAUCUUUAAUGUACAAGUCACAGGCAUGUAUCGGGUGAACUAUUUCAGUGAGAUGUGGGCCAUACUGUGUGCAAGGUUAGUGGAUCCCUUGACUAUGAGAACAAUCCACCCACUUAACCGAUUUCAGUUGCUCAACGAUAUGGCAGCCCUAGCAAGGGCGGGACAUUUAAAUUACACAGUCCCUUUCUGUGCAUACAGGUACCUCAAACAUGAGGAGAACCAGAUGGUUCUGAAUGAAGGCCUUGAUAACCUAAAGCAGCUUGAUAUUAUCCUUCGAGGAAUGCCAGCUUACACAUAUUUUAAGAGUUACAUGCAUGAGAUACUGCUACCACAAACUCGAGGAAUUCCAUCUAUAAAAGAUUCACUGAAUGAUGCUGAUUCGGUGACCAGAAUCUCUAAAAUGAUGCAGCUUGACAACUAUUACGAUAUCGGUUCCUACAAGGGCGAGUCCCUAGGGAUUUUCUCAAGAUGGCUCAAUAAAAAUGAUUCGGCUUCUUCAGAUGAAAUGCCACCGGUGAUUCUGGAAGGUGCUCUCUGCUCCGCCAUCCGCGCAGGAGAUUUAAACGAGUGGGACUCCCUCUGGGAAAAGUUUAUCGAUCCUGACAAGGAAAUUGCCUCGAAAGGAACUCUGAUUCUCUCGGCAUUCAGCUGCUCUCGAAAGAAAGAAAUCCUGGAGCGGUACUUGGAGGGAAUGUUAGAAAAUCUUCGACUCCGGAAAUUGGAACUCCCAGCGGAGACGUUCACCGCAAUUUUCGAAUCCGUCGCGACCCGCAGCGACGCGGGUUUCAGCGUGGCCUGGAACUUCCUGAAACGGAAAGUUGCGGACAUUCACGCGUUAGUGGAAGACGCAAAUUCCGAAAUGGGCAAGUACGUGACGGCGGUGGCGAAGCAAAUGAAAUGGGUGACGGAAUACGAUGACGUGAGGACGUUCGCCGAAGAAAACGAGCGGUAUUUGCAGCGCUCGAGGCCGGAAAUCGUGGCAGCACUCAAGUCGAUAGAGGAUAAUAAUAAAUGGUUUGAAGAGGUUUACGGUGAGGUCUCCAACAUUCUCGAGGCCUCGGUUGGUUUCAUACUGAGAAAUUCUGUCCUGUCCAAAAUUGAAUGCACUCAUCAAAAAAGUGGAUUCAUUUCAGGUUUUAGAAAUAAAGAAAGAAAACAGAAAGUUAUGGACCAGAUCAUCCUCUAUAUGUUUUUGGGCUGGGUGCUGAGCCAAAGCACCACAUACAUUGUUGCCACAUCGUUGCCUUCGUAUCGACUCGACGGGAAAGUGGUGCCGCAUCACUACAAUUUGGAGAUCUACACGAACUUAGAUGGAAGUGACCAAAACCAGGCUCGUGAUUUCAAUUUUUGGGGAACCGUGCGAAUUGAGGUUUUGUGCAAAGAAGACACAAACAGAAUCGUAGUCCACUCUAGCAAUCUGACUAUUGACAAGGAAUUUGUGACUUUGAAUGAGCGAAGGGGUAUAGAAUUGGCUAAAGGCAUCAACAUUACCAACCAUUCGUUCAACCCAGAGCACGAGUUCUACAUUGUAGAAACCGAGAACCAGAUAGAGGCCGGCAAAAACUACUCAUUUUUUGUCCCUUUCUAUGGUAAAUUACGUGAACACCAAAAUGGAUUCGCCAAGGCGUAUUAUCAAGAUUCAAAUCAUGGCAGAAGACCUUUAGCAUUCACUCAGUUUGAGGCGACGUACGCCAGAAGAGCAUUUCCUUGUUUUGAUGAGCCCGCAAUGAAAGCCACCUUCAAAAUUUAUCUUGCUCAUCAUAAAAAAUACACCGCUCUGAGUAACAUGCCGAUAAAGGAAACGACUUCAGUAGUGGAAAGGCCAGGCUGGGUACGUGACCAUUUUGCCACGUCCGUCUCCAUGUCAACUUACCUGGUUGCGUUCUUCAUAUCCGAUUUCACCUUCGACGAAAUCACGCUGAGCAAAUCCGGAGUUGAGUUCCGUAUUUGGGCGCCAAAAGAACGCAUCCGAGAAACCGAAUUCGCAGAGAGGUACAGCCCCAAGGUCCUUGAUUUUUUCGAAAAAUAUUUCGAAAUUAAGUACCCGCUGCCUAAGGUGGACAUGGUACCUGUUCCUAGAGCAUAUUACCCAACUGGUGCCAUGGAAAACUGGGGACUUAUAACAUACGGUGAUGAUAACCUUCUCAUUGAUGCAAAUACAUCGCAUCUCAAUCGACUACAGAGUGUUGCAAGGAUCAUUGCCCACGAACUUGCUCAUCAGUGGUGUGGGAACUUGGUCACGAUGGAAUGGUGGAAUCAAUUAUGGCUCAACGAAGGAUUCGCCACAUAUUUUGCGCUUGUUGCAACGGACGCGAUAAAACCAGAGUGGAAUUUUGCUGAAGAAUAUUUUGCAGAUUGGCUCCAAAUAGUAUGGGCCACUCCGGAACCCGUUUCAGUCUUAAGUGUCCAACACCCAAAUGAAAUUCAGGCAUUGUUUAGCAUCGCUCGCUACCAAAAAGGAAUUUACAUGCUCCGUAUGAUGAAUCAUUUUCUGGGCAAGGAGCUUCGAGCCGGUCUAAUCCAUUACAUGAAGAGACACCAAUAUGGAAGCGUGAUGCAGGAUAACUUGUGGACAGCCCUGACCGAGGUAGCACAUGAGCAUAGUGUUUUGGAUCCGAAAACUUCCGUCAAAGCGAUCAUGGACCCGUGGAUCUCUCAAACCGGGUACCCGGUGCUUGACGUUAAAAAGAACUCCGAUGGGCUCAUUACAGUCUCACAGCGUAUUUUCGAGCCAGAGCGUAAUUCCUCCGACAAAACUUCAAAAAAUGAAUCAUCCCUCUGGCCGAUUCCCAUCACCUACACGACGGGAGAACUCGCUGAUUUCUCAAACACCAAACCACAAAAAUGGCUGACGGGCAGAGGAAGUCUUGCAAUCCCAGAUCUUAAAGCUGAAGAUGGUCAAUGGAUAGUUUUCAAUCUUCAAGUCGCAGCCAUGUACAGGGUGAACUAUUACGAAGAAAACUGGGAGUUGCUGAGGAAAGCGCUGGAGACAGAGGAGAGUAAGAAGAAAAUCCACCCGUUGAACCGGAAACAAAUAUUCGAGGACGCACUUGCUUUUGGUUGGUCACGAGAUUUGGACUACAAAUUUGUGUUUUCCCUUUGCGCGUGUCUCCGAGACGAGGCAGACUACUUACCGUUGAGCGGAGCGUACUCAAGCCUACGGAGAAUAGAUCUCAUCCUUCGCCGAACCCCUAAUUACGGGUAUUUCAAGAGUUACAUGCGAAAGCUGACAAAUCCAAUCAUUUCGAGGUCAGGAUCUCUUGUAGAUGCACCUAUGGAGGCUCAAGCAAUCAAAAAGCAGAACUUGAUGGCGGAUAUUGCAUCCCGCUACAGUAUUGGAAACUAUGUAAAGCAGUCUUUGGAUCUUUUCUCAAAAUGGUAUAAUAAUGAGAACCCUGACUCAGUAAAUCCAAUCCCGAAGAACAUUUUGAGACAAAUUUCCUGCACUGCCGUCAAGAACGGAGGAGAUGAAGAGUGGGACUUCCUCUGGGAAAGAUACCUCAAUUCUGACUCAGCAUCUGACAAGUCAAGCAUCCUCUCAGCGCUGACCUGUUCCCGUAAGGUUUGGACUCUCAAGCGAUAUCUAGAUUGGAGCAUCGAUGAGUUCUCGAGGAUUCCACCCCAGGACUCUGUGCACAUCUUCGAGGCUGUCGCCGAAAACGAAGUGGGUUUCGAAGUUGCCAAGAACUUCUUUGAGAAACGCAUCCCGGAUAUUUUCACUUAUCACGGAGCCGAUAACGCCAUCAUGGGCCGAUACAUCCAAGUGGUGGCCGAUCAAAUGACUUCAAUCAAAGAAUACAAUGAAAUCAAAGCUUUAACAGAAAAAUUUGACGAGUAUUUCAAAGUCUCAAAGCCCGCGGUCGAGAGAGCUUUGGAUACGAUUGAUUCAAAUGUGAAAUGGCAUGCUGCACACUAUGUUAAAAUACCGCAGUAUCUUGCGCCGUUUUUACGAACUUUAUAG